AUGAGGUGCUUGAUAGCGCUGCUUCAAAGUUUUCGCUGCCUUUCUUCCGGAGCGUUUGAAUGUUUCCGAAUCAGAAACGAGAGCCUAUUCGAAAGCAGCUUUCCACACCGGCCCGUCAAGGCCAGCGUGGCUUGCAGCGUCACGUUGCGCAAGCUUUCCGCUCUCGGGAUCCGAGAUGAAGUAUGUGGGCUGAACAGCAAACACACAAGAAGCCCUGAGCACCACUGCGUCUGA